AGAUGAUGAUCUACUGAUCGUACAUAAAGAUCAAAAGGCCUUCAAAGAUCUCUCUUACCUCAACUUCUAUCUCCUUCGUCGGAACCCCCUUUUUCUUUUUCUCUACAACCCUUUAUUGUUUCUUUUCGAAAUGCUUUUAUACGAAGAUAUCAUCACCGGCGAUGAGAUGUUUUCCGAUGCGUUCCCCAUGAAAAAAGUGGACGACAUCGCCUAUGAAGUCGACUGUCAGAUGAUCGUAGUCGGAAACGACAAUGUAGAUAUCGGUGCUAACCCCUCUGCUGAAGAACAGGAAGAGACACUCGAGGAAGGACAGUCAAAAGUUAAUAACGUCGUCCAUUCAUUCCGUCUUCAAGCUACCACCUACGAUAAAAAACAAUAUCUCUCUCACCUCAAGGAAUACAUGAAGGCCGUAACGAAAAAAUUGGAAGAGAAGGGAGACCCUGCUGCUGUUCCUGCAUUCAAGGCCAAGGCAAAUGAUUUUGCCAAGAAGGUGGUCGGUAAAUUCAAAGACUAUGAAUUUUAUACUGGCGAGAACAUGAAUCCCGAGGGAAUGGUAGCCCUGUUGAACUACCGGGAUGAUGGGGUCACCCCCUACUUCACCUUCUGGAUGCACGGUCUCAAGGAAGUCAAACUGUAACACUUAUUUCCAUGUCAACUUUCCAUCAUUUUAUAGAGCAAUCACGAGUCCGCUCCACUUUGCGCUCAUGAAU